AUGGAAGGUGCUGACAUUACUGGUUAUACCCGAAGGUUCCAUGAUUUGUCAAGGGUGAUCCCCUAUAUGGUGACUCCUGAAUUUAAGCGCGUUGAACGCUACAUCUGGGGACUGGCUAUGGAGUUUCGCAGUUUGAACGGGAAUGGAAACCGCAACGGUGCUGGAAAUGGAAACAGUGGUGGAAAUGGAAAUGGGAAUGGUAACCGGAAUGGCAAUGGAGCUGGGCAAAACCAAGGAUGCUUUGGUUGUGGAAGCACGGAUCAUUUCAAGAAAGAUUGCCCAAGGGGAAACAAUGUUCAGACUCGAGCGUUUGUGAUUGGAGCAAGGAAUGCACGCGAGGACGCUAAUGUGGUCACCGAUGCGUUUCUCUCUAGUAGGUUGGAUAUUCCUUAUUCUAUAGAACUAGCCAAUGGUAAACUCGUUGAAUCGGGUGAAGUUGUUAGAGGCUGCGCAUUAGAAGUUGGUGAGCGAAGUUUUAGCAUCGAUCUCUUACCUAUUCAAUUAGGUAGCUUCGACGUAGUGGUCGGAAUGGACUGUACUAGUACUAGUACUAGUACUAGUACUAGUACUAGUACUAGUACUAGUACUAGUACUAGUACUAGUACUAGUACUAGUACGAAUACGAAUACGAAUACGAAUACGAAUACGAAUGCGAAUGCUAAUGCUAAUGCUAAUGCGAAUGCUAAUGCGAAUGCUAAUGCUAAUGCUAAUGCUAAUGCUAAUGCUAAUGCUAAUGCUAAUGCUAAUGCUAAUGCUAAUGCUAAUGCUAAUGCUAAUGCUAAUGCUAAUGCUAAUGCUAAUGCUAAUGCUAAUGCUAAUGCUAAUGCUAAUGCUAAUGCUAAUACUAAUGCUAAUGCUAAUGCUAAUUGUGACAACCCGACUUCUUGA